AUAAACCACUUCACAACGCAAUUCUUAUCUUCUAAACGAGUAAGAAAGAAUCCAAACCCUUAUUUCAAUUUCCACGCAAAAUAUCAAUUAUAAUGGCGCCCAAGGCAGAGAAGAAGCCGGCUGAGAAGAAACCAGCCGAGGAGAAGAAAACUUCGGUGGCUGAGAAGGCGCCGGCUGAGAAGAAGCCGAAGGCCGGAAAGAAGUUGCCGAAGGAAGCCGCCGCUGGAGACAAGAAAAAGAAGCGCACGAAGAAGAGUACUGAGACAUACAAGAUCUAUAUCUUCAAAGUCCUCAAACAAGUCCACCCUGAUAUCGGAAUCUCUUCAAAAGCUAUGGGAAUUAUGAAUAGUUUCAUCAACGAUAUCUUCGAGAAGCUUGCUCAAGAAGCCUCCAGGUUGGCAAGGUACAACAAAAAGCCCACUAUUACUUCUCGGGAGAUUCAAACAGCUGUGAGGCUUGUACUUCCUGGUGAGCUGGCUAAGCACGCCGUUUCUGAGGGUACUAAGGCCGUGACUAAGUUCACUUCAUCUUGAAGGAAUUUAUCAGUGUAAUUGACAGAAUGUGUCUGUGUAACUAAGUCGGGUUAGAAUUUUAAUUUUAGUAGAUGAAUAUGUUGGGUUUUUUGGGGUGGGUUUCUAGGGCUUAUUACGUUGUAUUUUGUUAUUUGGGUGUGAUUGAGCUUAGCGUUCAUCCCUAUUGUGAUAUGAUGUGAAUUGGGAUAUAAUUUCGUAGUUUCUUUUGCUUCCA